AUGGAAUCGAAACUUAAUGAAUUUGAAAUUUUAAAUAAAUUAGGAGAGGGUAGUUUUGGAUAAGUUUAUAAAGUAAGACGUAAAGCUGAUAAAUAAACAUAUGUAAUGAAACAAAUAAACAUUUCAAAAAUGAAUUAAAGAAUGAAAAAUGAAGCUUUAAAUGAAGCAAGUAUUUUAGCAAAAUUAGACAGUUCUUAUAUUGUGAAAUAUUAUGAAUCAUUUAUAGAUAAGUAAUUGUUAUGUAUAGUAAUGGAAUUUUGUGAAGGUGGAGAUUUACAUAAACUGCUAAAAAUGUAAAUGGGAAGACCAUUAUCAGAAAAUUAAGUCUGGAAAUUCUUGAUUUAAACAACAUUAGGGUUAGCAUAUCUUCAUAAAAAUAAAGUUUUGCAUCGAGAUAUAAAGUCAAUGAAUAUAUUUUUAUCAAAAGAUUAAGUUCGUAUAGGAGACUUAGGAGUAGCUAAAUUAUUAAAUGAUUAAAACAACUUUGCUAAAACUAUGGUAGGGACUCCAUAUUACUUAUCACCAGAAAUGUGUGAAGAGAAACCUUAUAAUGAAAAAAGUGAUAUUUGGGCAUUGGGAUGUGUGAUCUAUGAACUCUGUACUUUUAAACAUCCUUUUGAGGCUAAUAGUUAAGGAGCUCUUGUAUUCAAAAUUAUUAAAGGCAAAUAUGAACCUAUAGGAUAAAUGUAUUCUUAAGCAUUAGCAUAAUUAAUUGAUUUAUGUUUGUAAAAAAAUUACAAUCAAAGACCUGAUGCAUUCUAACUUUUAUAACAAUCAAGUAAUUAUAAAUAUAACAUUAGACAGGUCUCUUGUUAUAAGCCUAAAACUUGAGAAUGCAAUUAAAUUUAAAUUAACCUCAUCCUAAUUCUAAAUAAAUUUUAUCUACUGCACCAAUCCAAACUCCAAUCAUCCCAAAACCUAAAGAAGUCUAAUCUUCUUUAGCAACUCCUGUCCCUGUCUCAAUUAAAAGUACUCCUUAGAGUAAACCUUUUAAAGCUAAGAUUCCUUAAUCUAAUUAGAAUUUGUAACUAGAAGUAAAAGGCAAAUAAGAACCUGUAAGAGAUACUCCUAUUGUAUAAAAAAAAGUGGUUCAAGUUCCUCCUCCAUCCGCUCCAUAAUAAGUUUAAAAUUAAAAAAUGGAUGACUUCUAUAAAGAUUGGAGAGAUAAAGUUUCUGAAUUACAAAAAUAAAAAUAGGAUGAUAGAAUUAUUGUUUCUAAGCCUGAACUAUUAAAAGCUGAAUUUCAACCUAUUGCCUCACCCAUAAUAGCAUCUUAAUAAAACAAUAAAUCUAAUUAGCAACCAAGCAUUUUUGCUAGUUAAUAGGUUCAACCUACAAAAAAACCUAUUGUAUAAGUUAAAGCAAAAGUUUCUAAUCCUAAUAUUGAAGAAGUUGAUAAAAAAAGAGUAAGAAAAGGAGCACCUAAAGAACCUGCUAGGUAAGUUAAAGAACCAUUAAGAAAGGCUGAAAAAAUAGAUUAAGUAAAAGAUACUACAAAAUAGUAAAAUAAAAAUAAAAGCACAAAAUAAUAAACAUGUUCAUAAGAAGAGGUUGAUAUGGUAUUAAAUUUACCUGAUUUUGUUUCUAAAGAAGAUAAUAAUUAAAAAGUAAUUCAACCUGAAAGAGAAAUUAUAGAUAUUGCUUCAUUUAUUGAUGAAAUUCCAACAACUUUAAUUGAAUCUUAGGAUGAUAUGGAAUCAAAUCAUUAUGUUUAAGUACAAUUUAAAUCUGAACUUAAUCCUCUAGAAAAAUAAGAUAGUUAAAAUAAUGAUGAUAAUUAAUAAGAUUCAGAUAAAGGAGUAAGAUUUUUAUUAUUUAAAUCUCUAGGCUUAUACAGAUCCCGAAGAUCUUGAAGAUUAAGAUGAUGAAUAAGAAAAAGAUGAUACUACUGAUUAUGGAUAUGAAUAGCCAAUUUAAAAUAGAGAUAUACACACCAUUCAAGAAGAAACCUUUGAAGAUACAAAUAAUGCAAAUCAAUUUAUUGAAUUAUGCAUUGAUAAUAAGAAAAUGGAUCUUAAUAAAUAAUUGUUAGAAGCUGAAUAAAGAAAAAUGGAAUUGGAGUAGUUUUUAUUAAUUAAAAGAAAAGAAUGCAUUCAAGAUUUAGGAUAAAAAUUAUUUGAAGAAGUUAUCAAUUUCUUAAGGGCUAAAUUAAAUGUAAAUAAUAUCAAAUAAUUAUAGUCUCAAGAAGAAUUAAAUGAUAAAGAUUAAGAAGAAAUAGAUGAUUUGAUACAAAAUAAAUUACUUAAUACAAAGAAUCCUUAAAUUAUAUAUGUCAUAUAUAAAAUCUUACACUUCGAAAUUGAAAUCACGAAAAGUGUUGAUAGAAUUAAGGAUUUAUCUGAAUAAUUAAAUAACUUGUGA